AUGAUGCCUCGUCACCUCGUUGUGUCGUCACCUCGUCGCAUUUUCACCUCGUCGCGUCGUCACCUCAUCGCGUCGUCGCAUUGUCCCCUUGUUGCGUCGUUACCUCGUCGUGUCGUCACCUCGUCGUGUCGUCACCUCGUCGUAUUAUCACCUCGAUGCAUUUUCACCACGUUGCGUCUUCGCCUCUUCGCGUCGUCCCCUGGUUGCGUCGUCCCCUUGUCGCGUCGUCACAUCGUCGUGUCGUCACCUUAUCGCAUUUUCACCUCGUCACCUCGUCAUGUCGUCACUUCGUCGAGUCGUCGGAUCCACAAAUCAACCUCGCUUUGUCGCUUCAUCACCUCGUCACCAAAUCCCUUUGGAUUCAACUUUUCGUCGAGGCUAUAUGCUCCACGACGAGCCCAAAUCAACUAUGUCACCUCAUUCGAUUGUGGUUCGUUUCUCUCCACCUUGUCGUCUCAACUUCGCCUGGCCGCCAAAGACCUAGACGAUGACCUUUCCGCUUCGUCUCGCUACACCAAAACUUCACCUCUCUCUCCGCGACGUGACACCUAA